GCUCGCGUUCUACUGAUAUUCUGUUUUUCUGGAUUACCACUAAAAGUUAAUUGUUAUUCUUGAGUCUUUAAUACCUAUCUACCCAUCAAAGUUUUACAAUGUCUGAAGUCACCAAUCGUAACGAUGUUCGAGCCGCAAAUGCCGCCGGAGGUUGGACUAUUGUCUAUGGAGAUCUCAUUAACGAAGCGGAUGUAGUUGAGCUAAUUAUAUCUGUUCCCACUGGCACUGUAGCUGGUUGGGUCUCCGACCAAGUGGACGCACAGGUGCAAAAGUUUAACCAAAGCCUAGCCACCAUCUCUGACGAUGUUGUCAAAGAAGCAACAGAAUUUCUCAAAAGUCUUCUUCAAGGAAAAAGAUCCGGGGAGCGAGACAUCAAUGGAUUGGGAGUCAAAGCAGGAAUUGUCACGUACCACCGCAAACUUAAGACGCCUUUUGGUUCUACACCGCUACCAAACAACCAUCAACCAUACAUUGGUAUACGAAUUACCAAGCCCCUGCCACCAAAAGGAGCGGCUACUGCAAUUCCAGUGCCACCAAGUGCGCAGCCGGGUACACAACAGCCUACGCAAUCGAGAGUGCCAUCGAAUGGCUUAGACAGCAGAUCUUGGUACAGGAUCACGAAUUCAGCGAGGCCCGGAAUGGCAAUUGAUGUCGUCAAUGAUGGUAAUAAACAGCAAGAUGGUCAAGUGCAAAUGGCCGCCGAGGGGAAUUUCAGCGGACAACAUUGGCAGCUUCGUCCUUCUAGAACCAAUCCCGGAGCCUAUAAUCUGUGUAAUAUGUGGCUCGGAAGUGACAAGUGCUUGGACGUGUAUGGCAAUGACAAAACACGACCACAUCUAGCCACAGCUGGUAACUACUCGGGACAGCAAUGGCGCGUCGAACAACAGGGGAAUGGAACUUGGAAGAUGUCGAACUCAUAUUCUGGGCCACUGGCUUUGUCGGCUGAUGCUUAUGGAGCAGAGCUAUCCCUUAAAGAUCCCCAGCUUUCUCCUGCAAUGUCGUGGACCUUGCAGCCUAUUAAGCCAAUCACGGAGGUUGGCUUUUAAUGCUUGUGGUAUCUCGAUAUUAAUUGCCUGCCUAUGUAGUUAAUGUAAAAGCUGUAUCCUUUGAUGAACCCUUGUCACAUCUAUCUAUGCCCUACAAAAGGACAUAAAACGAAUUCUCAAUGAUCAUAUCAUCCGCAGUCUCUAUUGGUUGGCAUUUUGCUUGAGCUUCAGAUAUUGUGCGAGCAGCUCUCUUAUGGUUUGUUCGAAGCCAAUA